GGCACAUUGCUGGCAGCUGGCCUUUUGUGUACAGUUGUGUCUCGAGCGGAAGCAUCUGCAAGUGGGAGGAAGCAACGUCCUAGCGUCAAGACUCAUGUCCAACAACACCUGAUCUUUCUGUUUCUCGAUUGGAUUUGGAAAGAUGCACUCCUCAAAGGUGCAUGAACGCUGGCCCAGCGGGCAAUGCAUCGAAGCUUGGUGGCCUCUGGACAAGUGCUGGUACCGCGCAACAGUGUUGCAGUCGGUCGCUUGCACCAAGAAGCAGUUGGUGCUGUACGAAGAUGGCGACGCAGAGGAGCUGGUUUUGGCUGAGCAGGAGCAGCAAGGCUUGAUCCGGACAGUACCAGAACCGCAGCUUAAUCUGCGCCAGAACCUGGUGACUGUGCAUAAGCACCUGGCUUUGAAUCUGGCAAAUGAGGGAUGGCACUUCUGCACCAGGUGCGACCAGACCCUGGAAAGCAAGCACUUUCCCUGCCCCUGCAAUCAGCCCAUCAGCUUGCUCAGCGAUGAUGAGGAGGAGGAGAGCAGCCAGACACUGAUGUGGGGGGGUCAAAUCCUGAGGGCGGAGACCCCCUCGGCAAUGAAUCGGAGGCAGUGUCAUGGAUGCUUUGUGUCAGGAGGCGUCCAGCUUGGCGCGUCUGCUUGUCCAAAUUGUGGGACAGACCUGACCCCAAGGAGAACAAGAAUUGGGCACUUGAUGUCCCCAAAGGCUGCGUCGUCUGGCGCCUCCGGUGUCUUCACUGGGCAAGUCCUUCGGGCAAGUCCUAUCGACAGCGGUCAGCAGCAAGCCCCCAAGGCCACUUCCGAAAAGGGCGUGAAGACAACACAGUGCGGGGGUCAGAGCGGGUUGUCUGUGAACGCGGGCCGGUUGCAUCCGGAGGGCCAAAGGGGCGUGAGAGGCGCAUUUGCGGGGGUGUCCAGAGGAGUUAAGAAGGAAGCAGAAGAGGUCGAGGGUCCAAAGACGAGAACCGUCAGAGGCGCCUUCGGGGGGGUUGCCAAAGUCGUCAAGAAGGAAGUGGAGGAGAGCAGAUUCAGGAUGGGGAAUGUUCUGGCAGACUGCCAACGAAUCCAGGGCGCUGGACGAAGCUCAGGGAAGGAGUAUGAGCAGGGCGCACAAGAUGGGGCGCCUGGAACGGAAACAGGGACUCGUGUGCUGAGCCCAUCCCCAAACUCAGCCUUGCCCAUCGAAAACAGGUCGCAAGCGGCUUCAGCACCUGAUUACACUGGGGAGGCUGUGACCGGGUCCAUCCCGCAGAUCGUUGGCAAGGUUGAGACGGGCGGAACUGGGGGAAGCAGUGCUGUUUUGGACAAAGGAAACGAGGCUCGGGGCGACGAACGGAGGGUAGUGCGGGAGAGGGGCCAGGCUGUUGAAGGGGGUUGCUCUGAGGAGAAGAGGAUUGUGACAUUGACGGAGCUGCUGAAGGCCACGGCCUUCGAGGCCCCGACCUGCUCCGAAGCCGCAUCUGCAGCUCUUCCCCUCUCCAACGACUCGGCCCCGGCGGACCUCAGCCCUAACCCAGAGGACUUAAGCCCCAAACCCUCUGUUAACCCGUCCCGCACCCCCCAAAAAGCGUCAGUGGGCGCCAAUCUAGACGAGAGCAGCCCACUGGCCCCUUUCGAUGCUGGGCACUUUUCGGAUGAGCGCCCACUAUCAAACGCUGGCGAGUCAGCAGGCCCAGACAAUGUCCUUCCGGAGGGGUUGGGCGAAAGACCAGUCUCGGACAGCUAUCUCGGCCGGGGAGGAUCAGACGCCGGGGCCGUUUCGGAGUCGCUGCCUUGUUCCGGGAAUGUGGAUAUCGGGGCAGCUUCCACUACUAAGCGACCUGACGGGGAGGCUUGUUCGGACGGGUUCCCUUGCCUGCGGGACUUGGACACCGGGGCACGCCCGGACGGUUCUCCUUGUUUGAUGGUUUCAGACACCGGGGCUGGGUCGAUCAGAGUACUCGCUUCAGUGGCUUUCGAUGCGGGAGCAACCCCAGAGCCCGGGGCGGUUUCGACAGGUGGCGCAAGUCCCGGGACUGGGGCUGCUCUGGGCGCCAAGGUGGUUUUCGAUGCCGAGGCGGUUCUGGGCGCCGAAGCUGUUUCGGACUGUGAGGCACUUUCGGACGCUGAGGACAUACCUGAUGCCAAAGCGAACCCAGGUGCUGGCGCCGGCGCCGGCGCAGUGACAAACCCUGGGGUGAUGUUGGACGCUGCAGAGAGAUCGGACGCCGAAGCAACUUCGGACGCCGGGACCGUGUCGGACGCCUCCUGCUUGAGCUUUGCGUCCGCUCAGCAGGAUUGGCAAGCCGGGGGUUCCAGUCCCGCGACGAACGGUGACAAGGCCCAGGAGUGCGCUCCGCAUUUGGCAGACCCCUUGGUAAACCCGGCGCGCCAGUUCGCCCCGGAAACCUCAAGCCCUGCGUCGAUUUUCUGUCUGGACGGCGCGUCUGCGGUCAUGCCUGUGAAGCGCAGGUCAAAUGCACCGGGGCUAGCGUCUCUGGUAACUGAAUCGGCCCCCAGGGGGGGUGGGGCCAAAGACGGUGUCCUGACCCCCUGCAAUCAGAACCCGAAGGCGGGAAAGUCGGAGAUUCUGGAGAGCAUGUUCGGGCAGGGGGGCUCUCAAUGCAGCAGCGAACAGCGCCCCUCGGACCGAACAGGAGAGGACGUCGGAAGGCGUGCAUCAGCGCGGCUUGCGGGGGGGGCUCCUAAGAGCACAAGCCUUUCUCACGGGUUGGGUUAUCUUGGGGCACCGCUGGCGGCAUUAUCGGGACUGGGGUGGGCUCCUUGGGGGGGGGAGAGCGAGGUCCAGUUUCUGGGCACAGCUAAGGAAGUUGAGAAAGAGAAAGCCCGGUCGGCUGUCGCCGAGGUGGGGUCAAACGUCGCUCGUCAGGAACCCCCCGAACCUGGACGGACGCUGCGCUUGUGGCAGAGCCUUAAGCAGCAGUUCUAUGCCAAGACUGCUGCCAACCCCAGUUCCGCCGAGUUGGAAAAGCGGGCGGCGAGCUGUGACGGGAAACGCAGUGUGGAGUCCCUCGCUGGCGGACCUUGGAGCGCCAAGUUUGACACCUGCUCGGACUUCAGCCUGCCAAGCGACUGGGUCCGUGACGUCACCUCGCCCCGGGGCACUGACGUCACUCGGGGCUCCCGUGUCUGGAAGUCGGUUGGAAGGCGGGCGAGUAGAGAGUCGGUCGGGGCUACGGAGGCGGACGCGGCUGGGACGAAAGCGGAACCGGAGCAAGGUUGCCUGCAAACGGAACCGGAACAGGGCGGAAAGGAGGCGGAAGGGGCUGCGUUGACAAAAGAGACCGGUGCGUUCGUAGGACAGAGCGCCUCGGAAGUGGAAACCGAGAAAACACGGGUCCGGAAGGAAGAGGACCGCUUGAGCCCGAAAAUCAAGGAGGCUCCGUUAGGAUUGGCGGGAUGCCGGCCCGCCGCGGGCGCAGAAGCGACGGGACUGAAGCUUGAACCAGAACUGGGACUGCAGCAAGAAGGGGAACCAGAUCGAACGCGAGCGGUCGGAUCUGCCAUCCAGGAGGAGGGAACGGAAGCCGGGCGAACGGAUGAUGAGGCAGAGGGGGUUACGGACGAUAUGCUGGCGGCGGCGUUGGGUGACGUGGAUCAACUGAUCGCGGAACAUGAGCAGGCGUCCGAUGAGUUCGCUUCCGCCAGUCCCCAAAUCAGUGCCCACUUCGGCAGUCCCCUGUGCCGCUUCCCCCCAAGCGACGCACUGCCCGAGCUGCGGCUAAAACGCAAGCGGUCCUCUGCGCCCCGGAAGCCGCCACGUCGCAGCCCACAGACGAAGCAAACAGAUGACGAAGAGGUGGUUGAGGUUCGAAGCCCCCAAUGGCAGGACGGCCGAAACUCGGGGCUGGUCAGUCCGGACGGGAGCGUGUGCCGCGGGCGCAUAAGGCGCGUGCCGGACGUGUACCGGACGUCCGCGUCGCUCGAGUUUCGGGUGGAGGACCAGGUGGGGCUGAAGUCGCCCCUCGGAAGCGAGGCGACGUCGGGGAAAAAGAAGCGGAAGGGGGAGCUGAAGUCUCCUUUCGAAGAGGAGGCGACGUCGGAAAACAGAAGAAGAAAGGGAGGGGCGAAAGUUGCGAAUGAAGGGGUGUUAGGCGCAGUGAGCGGCGAGAAUGGAGGAAAGGCGACGCUGGAGAAGAGGAAGGAGGAAGGAGUGUCGGAAGCCGUGAGGGGAGGGGAGGGGGGAAUUGCAGCAAUAGUAAAGCACGGAGGGAAAGAGGUGUCGAAGAGAGAAGAGAAGACUGGCGUAACCAUUGCCGGCCUGGCUUGCAACGGUGGGGACGUCGACGAUGGGGGCGUGAGCGGCACAGCAAGCGGCACUCACGAGGAAACGGCGACGGAGAGUAAGGGAGUAUCGAAAGCCAUGAUGAAACCGGCGGCGACCGGUGCACCGAGCAGUGGAGCCGACGACGGGGCGCGGUUGGAGGGGCAGAAAAGAGAAAAGGUGGGCAUUGCGAGUGGCGGACGCUUGGAGGGUGGCCUCGCUGACGUCACCGCUGCGACCGGGGGCAGCGGAAAGAAGCGGAGGACGAAGCGGAAGAGAGCGGCGGGGGCGGGGGGUGUCGUUUCGGGGGGGUCGGAAGGAGGACUGCAAACGGAAAGUAUGGCGGGGGGAGCUUCGACGGAGUACGGGGGUCUGGAGCGUGGGCUUUGGGAAGGGCUGCUAAGGGGGCUUCAAGAAAGGGAGGGAGAAGUUACCUCUUCCACCGACGGUGGCCGGAAUGCUGCAAAGACCGGUGAUGUUUGGAAACAUGGUGAGGCAGAUUGCUUGGGAGAGGGGAGUCCCGAGGAGAGUAACCGGUCGCUUACGGACGUCGAAACUUUUGACAAAGACGAGCGGAGACCUGCCCAGGGGAUCCCUCGUGGGGAAGAACGGGUUGCUCCGAGAAACGGGGAAGGGGGAUGCAUCUCCGAGGUAAGUGGCGGCAUGGAGUGGGGGCAGAAGCGGAAACGCGCCCGGGGUGCGGACGUCGGCGCAGACCUGGACGGGCUAUCCGGGUGUCCGAAAGCGGACGGUGGCUUAUUCGUUCGUGCAGCAGAUCUGAAAGCCGGUCAGAAGCUUGACGGCUUGAGCGACUGCGGCGCUGGAAUCGCCGAGACUGCCCUAAGCAAGGACGCGGAAGCUUCUGAGGGAGGGAAGGGGGGAGAGGAGAUGGGCGGAGCAAAGGGGGGAGCAGAGGAGAAUGAAGAGCAAAAAGGGGGAGAAAAGGGAGAGGUAGAGCAAGUGAGCGGAGUUGAGAGGAAGGGGGAGAGAGGCGCCGAGGCAAAGAUGGAGGCACAUAGAGAGGACCGUGAGACGAAGGAAGAGAGAAUAGGAAAAAGAAAGAAGACGGAAGAUCUGGAAAGGAAAGCAGGGACCGCGGGAGGAGUAGCGGAUAGGACUCCGUCAUCGGGAGUUGAUGACGUGGACUGGGAAGAGGCGUCCCUGAGUCUGAAGCCCCUGAGUCCCCCGCUGUCGCCGUUCCAGCUGAGACUGGCCCAAAGCCCUGGGCUCCAGUCAGAGGGAUCCCCUUCCAAGUGCCUCCCCGAGCUCCUUCCAGGUUCGCAGCUACAUGUCGACCCGGUUCCGCCGGACUGCGGAGAACAAUCCAAAGCCGGAGGCGACGUCAUGCUGAAGUUAAUGCCGGGUGGACUCCUGGCGCUUCCCCGGCUGGUCGAGGAGUCGCCGUCCCCGCUGCCCCGUCAGACAGUGCCAGCUGGCAGCCCCUCAGUCGGCGCUCAAACCCUUCAAAUCCUGCCGCCCAGCGACAACCCCUUGCCGGCGGUUUUCGGCGACGCAGCGAGCGUUGCUCCCUUCCAGAUCCCCAAAUUCGGCCAGGAAAGCCUUCCUGCGAUUGGUUCAGCAGGCGGCGUGCAAGAUCCGGAUUCCGCUUCAAAGGAGCCCCCGCAAAGCCCCCGGGUUGCUCCGCUACAAACUGCCCAGCUCCUAAGCACGCCCCCCCGGAACCAGGGGGCCCAAACCGCCCAGCAAACGGCCCCCCGGAGCUGCCAAACGUCGACCUCGGAAACUGCCCACCUUCUAAGCACACCUCCCCGGAACCAGGGGGCCCCAACCGCCCAGGAAACGCCCCCCCGGAGCUGCGAAACGUCGACUUGCCCGGUGGACCCGGCCUUCGGCCCUACCCCAGAGAGCAAGCACAAGCGCCGGCGGAUGUCGUUUUCCCCGGCCGUUAAAAAGCGCCUCGUCUCGCUGGCCAGCCCGCUGUCUCAGACCGACGCCGAUGAUACGGACGCGUUCUGUGCCCCAAGGGGAUCCCCCUACUUCGCGCGCAAACGGCGGUCAGAAAACCGGGUUGACGAAAACCGAGCUAGCGACUCCCGAUCGUUGCAGCGCCAAUCGGAAGUGGGCAGCGUGAGCCGCGACUCCGAAGUGGGGGCUUCCGAGUCGGAUCUGUCGUUUUCGGGGGGGCAACCGAGCUGGGGAGCUGAGGGGGGGAAUGGUGAGAGGCCAUCCCCCCAGACGAAGCGUGCGAAAUUCAGCUUGUGGCUGGAUGAGGGGACGCCGACAAAAGCGGCGCUGGUGGAGAGUCCGCUGGAGCUGUCCGUCCGAGACGGACAAAGUGUGGAAAACGGAACGGAUGACCCCGGAAAGUGGUGGAACGAACUUCGGGGGAGUGAGCCGCUCAAAGCACACACUUUCGGCGGUGCCAAUAACAGAGACUUGAGCGAAGCAGCCUUGGGGGACAGGAACAGCCCUAACUGGGGCCCCCCCAAAGGAGACAAGUCGCAACUCCGUGCGACAGAGUGGGCGGAAGGCGAUUUGUUGGGCGAAAACGGAACGCCGGGCGUCGAACGGUGGCUGACGCUUCCGGAGGGGACUGGUUUCGACGACGAAACGGGGCCCCGGGUGGAUAAACCGGGCGCAGGCCGCCAGCUGAAGACGGGUGUAAAGAUGCCCGGUGAAAGUGCACGGGAGAGGGGCGUGGACAGAUUGAGGGAGAACUUAUCCAGGACUUUGGAGAGGGUGGGGGUGAAACUGGCGAAAGCGGAUGGUGAGAGCGGGGCGCAACGGGAGUCACAGGAGGGUCAAGCUCAACCCAAGCCGGUCAGGCUAGGGCUUCCUUCCGGCAGCCGCACACGGCUACUCCCCGGGCUGCACCCCGAGUCAAUCGAAUGCGACAGCCCGGGUGCCAAAGGCCACUCGUGGGAUCCCCCAAACGAACUCAAACAUGCCCGGGGGAUCCCCCACAAAUUCCAGCCAAGCCGCCCCUUCUCUCUGCGGGUCGGCGAGUCCGAGGUGCAACCGGUUAAAGCUCAAACCGGGGAAGCGUACCGACCGUCAAACUCCGGUGUUAGUAGGGGAUCUGACGGGGCCCCUCAACCGGUGAAACUCUCACGUAGCUUGCGUCUGCUCCAAGCGGCAAAGGACAUCGCCGAUAAACGCGCCGAAGCAGAGAAGCGCGCCGCAGAUAAUCCGAACCCGAGCCCGAUAACCCUCCCGAUAACCCUCCUUAACCAGAACAGGGGUUUGGGUCAGUUUGAUUGGACAGGAAGCGACAGCCCAGUAGGUUUGAGGGGCAUAGGCGAACGGGCCAGAGGGAUAAGCGGACGGGAGAGGGAUAUAAGCGGGGGUGAAAAGGGGAUAGGGAGGCGGCCGAGUCUGGACGAGGUUACGAGGGAGAACACGCGGCUCAACUCGUUCCGGUUGCACUUCCCGCCCCUUCCCCCGGUGGUCAGGAAGAAGAAGCGACGGCGGUUUGUCAUGCGCAUGAAGAACGCACCCUGUAACCGGUCCGGUAACGAGUCCCUUAACCCGUCCGGUAACGAGGCCCUUAACUCACCUAGCAACGGGGCCAAAGUCGGAAGCAAUCCGUCCGAAUCAGGGGGAAACAAAAUCGCAAAGGGGGUGGUCUCGCCUGGCGUUUCUCCGCCCGGGGAGGCGAUUCACACCUCGCCCAAUUUUGCACUCGCCUUUCCCGAGUGUGUCAAGUCGGCAACCCACCUCCCCGAUUCCCCCUUGUCACCCAGCCCCCUGAAAGCCAUCCCCUUCUCCUUGUUGCUCGACCUGUCCCCCUCUCCGGAAAAGGCCAGCAGCGACUCUGAUGACGUCACUUCGGGUCCGGUGACGUCGGAUGACGUCACUUCUCAGGACAACGGCCCCCCCAGGCAAAGGCCCUCCGUAAGCGGCGGGUCAAUGAGGAAGGAGAGCCCCGUCCUCAAGGGCCCCGCAGGCUGCGGCAGCCCCCUGCGAACCUCUAGAGGUUCCGGGUGCCCGAAAAAGAGGGCGGGGACCUCGGGGGGAACUCUGAAGGGUCCCCAAGUUUCUUGGGGCGCGGCUGCGGCCGAGCCCUGGGGAAGCGAGGGCCCGCAAGCCCUGAGGGGUUUGCAGCCCGGAACCACUUCGGUUAAGGGGAUCCUUAAGAGAAGGUCAAGCUUGUCGGGCGACUCUGGGCCCCAGUCUCGGAGCGUUAAGUCGCCGGAAACAGUGAGCAGAGGGGCGGAGGAGGCCGUUUCUGGGGCCUCAUUGGAGGGUAAGGCGCUCGAAGGUGCUGAGGUCACGCUCGGCGCUGUCUCGACACCUCCAGACUCGCAGUCACGGGAGCUCAAUUGCUCGCCGGAAGGUGUCUCCAAGGGGGAAGCCCACAAUCAGAUCAGUUCUCAAAAGAAGGCUGUGCGGUUCGCCGACGAGAGCGGCCGGGGCGAGCUGUGCCACUAUCAGUGUUGUUGAAGCGGGCGGAAUUCCGUCGUUGUAGCGAACCGGUUGCGGACGGAAUUGGGUCUGACUGGGACCUUGUGUUGCUUGUACAGCCGCGCAGUGUUGCUCAAAUUUAGUGUGCGAUGUUAACAGUAAAGAGACGUAUUGGACUAAGAUGUGUUGGCCGUGAUUGGCACGCGGCUGCAUAGAGAGGCAGAUUCAAAUGCAAUCGAGCAUUACCAUUGAGAUCCUGUCAGGCUUAGUUGUUCAGGCCCGAAAACAGGAUGACCACUUUUUUUGUCAUGCGCACAUGGCCCAACCAUGAAGGCGGCCAGCUGAAAAAUCCUUUACAGUAGCUC